AUGACAUGCCUCCCCUUUGGUUUGGCCGCAGCACCAAAGAUGUUUGCAUCAGUCACGAACUGGACGGCCGAAGUGUUACGCAGCAAGGGCCUGCGCCUGAUCCUAUAUCUGGACGAUUACUUGAUAGUGAAUCAGGACAAAAAUACUUUAAAAUCGCAGGUCCAGUUAGCAAUAGAAUUCCUUACCUCCCUUGGUUGGAAUAUCAAUAUGGAAAAAUCCGUACUAACCCCAACAAGACGAAUGGAAUUCCUGGGAAUUUUUUGGGACACACAGGCCAAUACCAAGAGCUUGCCCCCAGACAAAGUUUCCAGAAUCCGUCAGUGCCUAUUGUCUUGCUUAGCGACCGGCAGUUGGACCCUCAAGCAGGCGCAACGCCUCUUAGGGUUUCUCAACUUUGCGACCUUCAUCACCCUCCGGGGAAGAUUGCAUUGCCGUACGUUGCAGCGCCACAGCAAGAGUCUUCAGAAAAAUUCCCGUCCGAUAAUGUUCACGAACGAGGUACGAAGCGAGCUAAAAUGGUGGUUACAAAAUGUAAGCCAAAAGUCCUUUCUUCACUCCAGGUGGUCCCCAGUCAAUUACCUGGUCACAGACGCAUCGGAUGUUCAAUGGGGGGCCAUAGUGAACGACAAAAAACUAAAAGGCCUUUGGAAACCAAAUCAACGAAAGUGGCACUGCAACCUAAAAGAAAUGUAUGCAGUAAUAGCCGCAAUAUCAAGGGAAGAAAAAGGUCUCAGGAACUCAACGGUAAUUUUACAAAGCGACAACAAAACAGUAGUAUCGUACAUAAAAAACGAAGGGGGAACGAAGUCACAGACUCUUCUGAAAUUAACAAAACAGCUACUGGCAUUGACGGACAGCUUGAAUGUGGUACUAGUCCCUCACCAUCUUCCAGGGCUGUACAACACGGAAGCCGAUCAUCUCUCUCGAAACCGAGGCGGCUCCGAAUGGCAUCUGCUGAGCGAGGCGACCAACAAAAUAUUCGCCCAGUGGGGAAUUCCAGACGUAGACCUGUUUGCCUCACAAGAGGCUCACGUGGUGUCCAACUAUGUUACUCUAGACUUGUCAGACUCGAGCGCUUGCUAUCGGAACGCGUUCAGCAGAUGCUGGACUUACGACCUAGCAUGGGUUUUUCCACCACCGGCGCUGCUCCCACGUGUGUUACACCACCUCAACUCAGUGCAAGGAAAGUUUAUAAUAAUAGCACCAAGGUGGGAAAAACCCUUUUGGCGUCCAGAUCUGAAGACCCGCGCCCUAGCGCGUCCUAUGAAAAUCAGAAACCUGGAAACGUCAUUGGUGGACACAAAGACAGGACGCCAUCCUGCCAAAGUACACAACCUACAGCUGGAAGCCUGGCUCAUUUCGGCUGGGACUCGCUAA